AAUGGAUUUUCAUAAUAAUCUUAGGAUGUAAAUUCUUUGUGAACAUCAUGUUUAUGUCUGACCAAAUCUGUGGUUUUGAAAGGACAAACAUAAAUUGUGUUUCUAUGUUUUUUAUCAUUAGGGUUCCUAACUAAUUUCUUCAAAUCCUCUGGGUUUACUAAAGUAAUUUGAAGUUACGACAAAGCCUCCAAAGAUCCUUUUCCGCAAGAACCAGUUGAACCCAUAACUCCAAUUAUUAAAGGCAACCCUAAUUUAGGAGGGAGUCCUCUUUCUUUAAUGGCUUAACCUGCCUUCUAUAAGGCUUCAUAAGCAUCUUUUUUAUUAUAAUAUUAGUAAGUUGGGCCGAUUUAUAGAAAUGGAGUGUUCAUGUCUCUUUUGA